AUAAAAAAUGUAGAUUUUUAUUUCAUCCAUAUUAGUCUUGAUUUUCAUUAUACUGGAUAAUUCAUUCAUGAUUGGCAUAGUUUGCUUUAUGGAGGCCAAUAUAAUUCUUUAAUGUUGAGUGUGUAAGACAUUCUGUCUUCCUUCAAGUUAAACUCACUAGAUCCAAUGUUGAAAAGGAAUAUUCUCACUUCUUCAAUCGACAUCUAAAGAUGUCUACUUAAAUCACUUGAAUACCAACGGGAUAUUUUCAGGAGGGUUGUAUGUUUAUGAACAAACAUUAUUGGAUUUUUAUCUUUCAGAAGUCAGCCACUUCUUAUUGGGCUCCUCCAUUAAACUGAGUUCAAACUUCAAAAAUUAUUGUGAAAAAAAAAAAAGGAUUCUAAGCUCAAGGAUUUCCCAAGGGAGACUGAUGGGAAAAGUACACACAGCAGAAAUGGAAAAAUUAUACUACAGUUCAGAGGGGGAAAAGGAUAGCAAGAACGACUUGAGAGUUUAUUUGUUAUCAUGUCAUCCAUCAACAGAUUAAAAACAAUAAAUCAAAAUAGAAUAAGCAAACAACGUCUCCUAGAGCAGAUAAAUGAAAAGCGUGAAACCAACUGUUUUGUGGAAAGAAGCAAUCAAGUCAGCUUCCUGAGAGUUCAGAAGAGGCACUUCAGUGGUGCCCAUCAGUCAUGUGUUUUCACCCAUUUCAAUGAAGGUAUUCCUGACAGCAGCAGGAGCUCCUGGGUCCAACCAAGUGUCUUUGUUCACCCAGAGAAAAGGCACUUUGAACCAAAAAAUAAUGGCAUAUUUGGAUGAAGAUGAAGUGCAUCUCUUAGAGACACACAAAUACAUUCUCUUUGAUCUUUCUUCAA